UCGGAGGAGAUCAGACCCUUGACUGUGGAUCACAGAAGCUGAGUUUUUAAGAGUUUCUUCGGAUUAUACAGGUGGAGAUACAGGGAGAGAUGGAGCAGAUUAUGAAAUCUCUGGUUUUCCUGGCCUUCAGUCUCCAGCUCAGCUCAGCAGUGACUCACUCACAUCAGUAUGUUUACACUGCUGUAACUCCAGGAAUAAACUUCCCAGAGUUCACUAUAGUGGGAAUGGUAGAUGGACAACAAAUAAAUUACUAUGACAGUAACAUCAAGAGAAUGAUCCCCGGGAGUGAUUGGGUAAAAAAGGAUGGAGCUGUUGAUCCAGACUUCUGGAACAGAAAUACACAGCUUGCACAGGGUACUCAGGAGAGCUUCAAAGUCGGUGUGCAGACUCUAAUGCAGCGCUUCAACCAGAGUAAAGGUGUUCAUACUGUUCAGAUAAUGUACGGUUGUGAGCUGGAUGAUGAUGGAACUAAGAGAGGAUACAGGCAGGACGGUUAUGAUGGAGAAGAUUUUGUCAGUCUGGAUCUGGACACUGAAACCUGGACUGCACCGACCCCUCAGGCUGUUAUCACCAAACACAAGUGGGAUGCUGAUGUUGUUUUUACUAAAGGCCGGAAGAACUACCUGCUGAAUACCUGCAUUGACUGGUUAAAUAAGUAUGUGGGUUACGGGAGAGACACUCUGGAGAGGAAAGUUCGUCCUGAGGUGUCUGUGUUCCAGAAGGACUCUUCUUCUCCAGUGGUGUGUCACGCUACAGGAUUCUUCCCCAAAGCAGUGAUGAUCUCCUGGCAGAAGAACGGAGAGGAACUGCAUGGAGAUCAGGACCUGAGGGAGACAACACCCAAUGAAGAUGGAACCUUCCAGAAGAGAAGCAUUCUGACUAUUCCACCAAAAGAACUGGACAGUGAUGAGUACACCUGCGUCAUUCAGCACAGCAGCCUGGAGAAGGAGAUGGUACUCAAAGUGUCCGACCGCAGAGUCCUGUCAGGAGUGCCUGUUGGUGUCAUCAUCGGUGCAGUGGUGGCUGUUCUCCUGCUCGUCGUGAUCGGCUGUGCUGGAGUUUUCAUCUGGAAGAAGAAGACUGGCUUCAAACCUGUUUCCCAGAACCCCUCUGAGGCAGACUCCUCCUCCAACAACUCAUCAAAAUAAGCCACAUCUUCAUGCUGAUCUGAAAUGGUGGUGGAGAGAAGAUGGAUAUGAAAACAUGAGUUAAACAUCACUUAAUUUACAUAAACACCUACAGAUAUUUCUGUUUCUCAGUAAACACUUCAGUCUGAUCAAUAUUAUUACAAUCUUCAUCAAAUCUGUCAUAUUGUGGGAAUUUCAGAGGUAAUUGUGCUGUACUCGAUAGGUAAUUGAGUAAAACUGGGUUAAGAGGUUUUAUUAUUUUUAUAUUUGAGUGAGUUUUAUUUUGAUUUUAUGUCUCUUUUUUGACGUUCUGUUGAGCUGCACUUGCUUAAAUCUAUUCUAUUGAUUUUGCAACUUUGAGUCAUGAUGUCAUACUUUUAAUUUUUAUUCUAAACUUUCAAAGAAAUAAUAACCAUGAUAAGAUGUACAUAUUUUUUCUUGAGUGGUGACUGCAAGAUUAUUGUAGGAUUAAAGUGGACCAAAUCCAAUCCCAAAAGUAUACACCCACCCAUCAACAUCACUGAACUCAAGUGUUCCUGAAUCACGUUCGUGUCCACAGGUGUAUAAUAAUAAAAGCAGCAGCUCGGCAUGCUGGGACAGCUUCUACAAACAUUAGUGAAAGAAUGGGUCUCAGGUUCUCAGGAGCUCAGUGAACUCCAGCACUGUGGUACCGUGACAUAGGAUGCAGCACCUGUGCAACAAGUCCAAUCGAGAAAUGGCUUUCAGAUUAGCUCAGUGCAGGAUGCUUUUGGUAAUAUGUGACACAGAUGUGUUAUCUGAACCCUUAAAUAUGUGGUAUGUGGUGAAAUCUGAUGCAAGGCAAGUUUAUUUAUAUAUAUAUAUAUAAAGGAAAAUUUACAAAAUUAGUUAGAAUAAAAAAACUACUUCGAUCUGUGGCGAUGCAUACAUCUUAACAGCCAGAUUGGAGGUCAUGAAGCUUUUUUGCAUGACAACGAAGGAAGAAAGGCCACGAGAAGAAAGGAAAAUGAUCAAUAGCAGUGAGGAAGGGUUUCAGUGUUGAGAUAAUGAGGGAACAGUCCUUAUAGUAAUUGGUCUUGUGUCUCAAAAUAUAGAAGGCUUGUCUCUUAACCACUCUGUGUUUCUAAAGAACUGGCCGAACACCAGCACAGGAAUAUACUGCUGCAGGAAUAAACGGAAAUCUUAAAAAAGGUAAAAAAUAAAGUUCAUACAAAUGAAGGACACAAACUAAAGACGUGAACACGGCCAAAUAACAUGCCCUUUCCACAGUGAGCUGGAACCCGUUCUCAGUGUGAGUUCAGCUACAGACAAUGGAACUAUUAGAUAGAUCCAGUGAUGCUGGAGAAGAUGAAACCAAAACUUCAGGUGAAGCGCUGCUCUUUAGUGCCUGAGCAUUAGUUUAGGAAAGUGAACUGUUCAGAUGUUAGAUAUAGAUCACAGUAAAAGGACACGAUUUGGUGAGAAAUCGGAUUUGGGCCACUUUAUCCUGUUGUGUGAACUUAGCCUUAGUGUGUUUUAAGAUCACAUGAGUUUCAUACAACCAUCCUGAAUGUCUGAAACUCUUUUUAAGUUAUUUGGUUUUAGUUUAGGCUGUUUGGGGUUUAAAGAACUGAGCAUUUCUGAUUUUCUUGAUUACUGAGUAUCUUGUUAUUUAUCUCAGAGUCCAGAACAACACCAGUUUCUGAUUGGAUUACUAAUAAUCUAACAGUUCAGACACUGCAGAGAAAUACUCAGUAUGAGGGAGAUUCAGAACCAGGGCUAUAUUAUAUAAAAUAAAGCUUCCAGAUUUCAGGAUGACUGUAUCAAACUCAAUGUUUUGUUUUAUUUAAAGCUGGAUUUACAGAUAACUGUACAUGUAAUCACAAAUGGACAGCAGUUUUCUUUCUUUAAUAUUUUUGCACUUCGUACAAUCAUGAAUGACAUGUUUUAAGCAUUUGGAAGUAACAGAUUCAUACAGAUUCAUAUUUGAUUCAACAGGUUAUUUUUAAGAGAUUUGACAAGAAAAUUAUGAGUGACAAUUAAAAGUACACCACAACUGAAGCUGAGUGAUCCUCAAGUAGCACUGUAAAUUAAAUUUAACUGUACAGAAAGAUAACUUAACUAUCUGGCACUGAUUGUUUCCAUGUUCAAUUUGUGGGAAACUAAAAAGUAAUCUGUUAAGUAAUCAAAUAUGAAUCAUUCUCCUGAUGUUACUGAAGUUUUCUGUUCUGUCAGAAUAAAAUCUAAAUAAAGUACAAAAAAAACAUG